CGCGAUGGUCUUAAGGUGAAAUUACGUCAUUCUAGGUGGAAACAAAGACGAGUUGAGCUCUCCGAGCUCCAUCAGAUGGAGAGAGAGCAGCUCCCUCACCAAACUCCCCCUGCAAUCCGGAUGGGAUACAGAUGAAGAGAGGCCAUUCCAUAGCAUCCCCAAUCGUCAGGUGGACGCGGGGAUUUAUGAUGCUGAUGCUGUGCUGUGCCGUGCAACUGCAAAGAAAUGUCUGUGGGUUAAUAAUGCACUUCUGAAUUAAAACAUCGCUGUCCAGUUUUUUCCGCUGUCGAUCCAGAGGACAGCAGAUGGGACCGCUGAAUAGAUCGGAGGGACCGAAUGCACAGUGGGGUACAAAUCCAUAGGCUGUCCUUUCCUCACAAAAUCAAGAAUCAAAACAGCAAUGGAUGCCAUGCCAGAGUAUUCCCUCUUCCUUGUGAGGAUUUUGGAGGAAUUGGAUACUAAGUAUAGCACCGUUUCAUACCAAGACCUUUGCAAGUCCCUGUGUGCCAGGUUUGACUUGGUCCAUUUGGCUAAGCUGAGGAGUCUGCUGUUCUACACAGCAUGCUUGGAUCCAGCUUUCCCCGCAACCUUAUUCAAAGACAAGAUGAGGUGCUCGGUGGAGGACCAACAGUCCAAGAAGCUCAUGGUGGCGGCGGACAUUGUCACUAUGUUUAAUCUCAUCCAGAUGAAUGGAGGUAUGGCCAAAGACAAGCUGCCAAUGGGUCGGAGACCCAAGUUUCACAAGAACCAGUCCUUUGAGUCCUGUCGAUCUGACACGGAUGUGUAUAACUUCAGCGAUAAUGACAGAGGGUACAACCUCAUGGACACCAGAGGUCAUCACGUCUCUCGGAAGUCACCCUGCCCAAAAUCUGACUGCAAUAACUGCCAGCAGUUUAUACCAACCUCAGAACCCAACUUCCUCUUGGGAGUCACCAAGGAUCUGAAAUGUAGGGCAGCAUCGCUGGAUAAACUACAGCAUCUGCCACAGUACCCCAGCGUCAGUCCUCCUCCGUGCGAGAUGCAGAGCACUUACUUCCCUAUGGACAUCGACAGCGAGUCAACAACGGACCAGGAAUCUCUCCACGCCAACCCAGGGAUCAAGGAUGUUUUCAUGUCCAGCGGAGAGCCUUUCACCGUGCACUCGUGUGUGCAAAAGCGGAAUAUCUUCAAAGAGGAUUUCCACAACCUUGUUGCCUUUUCACCCCAUGUGAUCACUAAGGAGUGCAGAGCGAAUCCCAAAGCUGGUGGCGAGUACCACCACAGGAGGGAGCUGAGCAAGCCUCCCACUUUCUUCAAUCACAGUUUCGAGCUGCCGUACAGCAACCCUUACUUUGAACCCGUCAGCUCACCCAUUCAAAACAAAUCACGGGUGAAGCAUGAGAGCCUGGAUGACUUGCAAGCGUCCACUUACUUUGGACCUACAACGGUCUCCGAGUGCGUGAGCAACAGGAGGACUUCGAGCAAGCAUGGAAAACAGCCAGCCUGGCCUGUCAAGAGCUUGAGUCUCAAUACCGAAGAAGGUCCUGACUUUGAGAGGUCCUUUUUAAAUGGCAAAGUGGUAAAGGACAAUCACCGUCAUAACAUCAGCACCAUGGAAAACGAUCAGCACUUUCAGUGUGCAAAGGACAAGUCCACUGCCUCUCCCUCAGGUUUCCCCAAGAAGUCCAAUGGAACCAAAACAAAAGAGAUGUCUUCUGUGGCUUGCGGACCCAGUGUUGAGAAAAGAGAGGUUGGGAAAAGGUACAAGGACAAGAGCAUCAACUGUCCAUCAUUUCAGUCGAGCAACGUGGACAAUGGCAUGAGUGUUGGAACCCAGACGGAACAAUCUGAAAGUAGGAAAGCGAAAGAUUACUCGGGUCACAACAAAUAUGGAGAGAGGCCACCCUUCAAACACUCAGAUGAAGACUCUGAGAUUGUCAGCGACGAUAUCAGUGACAUCUUUCGCUUUCUGGAUGACAUGAGCGUUUGUGGCUCUCUCGGAGUUGUGCAGUCAUCAUGCUACAACAGCAACGGCUCACUGUCUCAGGUGACGAAAUCAGACGGGGACAGCUCACCUGAUCGCAACACUGUCAAGCUGGGCAAAACCGGGAUCAAGCUCGACCGCCUCUUCCAGUCACUGGAGAACUCGGACGAUGAGCUCAAAGAGAGCGUCUGCAAGCUGGUACUCAGGAUUGGCGAGAUUGAGAAGAAGCUUGAGUCUCUUUCAGGGGUGCGAGGGGAGAUCUCUCAGGUCCUCUCGAAGCUUACUAGACUGGAUGAGAAAAUUCAAGAACCGGAGGCUAAUGGGAAAUCAAGUGAUAAUGGCCACAUGGAACAGAUUAAGACCGAUGCGAACCUCUCGCCUCACGUUUUCCAGUGUCACACCACUGGACACAACAUGAAGGUGGAAAAAAGUCCAGAAUGGUGCUGCUCGGAGGCUGAUGGAAGUGAAAGCCUGAGGGUUAAAGCUUUAAAGAAGAGCAUUUUCACACGCAGGUCAUCCAGGUCGCUAAACGAGGAGAACAGCGCCACUGAAUCCAAAGUGGCCAGCAUCACCAACUCACCUCGAGACUGGAGGACUGUUUCUUACUCUGGGCACACAGGGGAAGAAGGGAAAGAAAGAGACCGGCAUAUUGAAGGCAAGGACAGACAUAGGAAACCCAGAGAGACAGAUCGUCAGUAUGACGCCCACCAGGCCCACCGCUCCUCAAAGCCGCCCAAGGACUCCUACCUGGUGGAGCAGGUGUUCAGCCCACACCACUUCCCUCCCGCCGCCAAGUCUCACGUGAAGGGCAGCCCUCUCUACACGGAUCUGCGACUGACCGGCCUCGCCGAUGGCAAGCGCUCCCAACCCUCCUGGACCAUCGAAGAGUACAAGCGCAACUCAGGAGACAAGAACAAGCUCAGCGCUCUGGACCUGCAGGUCCAGGAGUCGCUCAACCCCAACAAUCUGGAGUACUGGAUGGAGGACAUCUACACGCCGGGCUACGAUUCGCUGCUCAAGCGCAAGGAGGCGGAGUUUCGCAGAGCUAAGGCGUGUAAAAUCGGUGCAUUGAUCGCUGCGGCCGCCUGCACUGUGAUACUGGUCAUCGUAGUGCCCAUUUGCACCAUGAAGUCUUGAGGUUUCUAUUUUUUUCUGUCAGAUGGUGUUCGUUUCACUCGGACAAACAUGGGACUUCAUUUGCGGAGGUCUGUAAUUAGGUCUGAUUUCAGCCACCGGCCUUAGACUUUCCUGGAAUGUCAAUCGAAAUGUAUCACAACAAAGAGUUAAGGAUUGCAAUUUGAUGUGUCUUUUUUUAUUUACCGUAGUCAAUAUUUAUAACUUGACUAAAUGAUUUGUUAUGUAGUAGAUGGCCUUACUUAAAGGCUUGGAGAUGCACCCUUGUUUUAUAGUCCAGAAUAUAAUGUACUGAUAUGUUUUAUGUCUGUUUUUUUUUCUGGUAUUCCAAUAGAAACUAAAGGGAAAGCUUUAUGUUUAAGCGCAUUAUAUUUUUUACUUUACUUUGAUUACGAGAAUUUUAACGAGAGUUAUUUUUCGAUGAAUACGCCGACAGAAUGUUUUAAAGACGAGUUGGAUUUAUCUUUGGAAAUCACUGGAAUGUUUGGGCCUGUGCAAUGCCUUUUUAUAAGGAAUAGGAUAUAUUCAGAUAGCGCAAAUAUGGUUCAUGUGUGCGUUCAAUAAGAACUUAAAGGAAUAGUUCGGACAAAAAUGAAAAGUCUGUCAUUGUGUAGUCAUCAAAAUUUGUGUGCUUUUCCAUGGAUUUUUUGUGCUUUUAAUGACCUUUUACAAAAAAAACAAAACAAAAAAAAAACGUAAAAUGUAGUCUAUAUAAUUUGUGCGCUGAGUGAAAUAUUUCAAAUUCGCAACUGGUAACAAAAAACCUGAGACUGCCGAUUUUAGGUGCAAUUUAGAUGGGGAAUAUAUAGUUCAAAUGCAUAUUUAUAUGCAAUUCAGAGGGGAAAAAGUUCAAAGCCGUUUAGAAUUUUUCAAAAAUUGUCCUUUUGUGUUCCACAGAAAGAAAAUUAUAUCAUACAGAUUUGACAGAAUUUUCACUUUUAGUUGAAUUAUUCCUUAAUGUUGAGGGGUUUUGAUUGUACAAUGCGAGGACAGUAAAAUGACACUAUUAAUAAUGUUUACUGAUUUUGUUUGAAUAGUGACACGUGAAUUUAUUUCCUUCUGAUUGUUUCUGUAUUAAUGCCAAUACAACACUUAAAACAAUUAUAUCAUAGUACAUAGCUGCUUUCUCUUUGAUUGUAAUUAUAUAUACUUUGCCUUGUUAUAUCAUAACUAAUCAUAAUACUGUAUACUUGAAUUGCCAAAUCACUUUCAACUAGCUCAGUUUUCUCUGAAAAUCGAAUGUUUUUCUUGCACUUAUUCACCAGACCGAUCUAAAAUUGGACCUGACAACGAAAACUGUGAACUUACCUUAAUGAUGUUCACUUUUGACGCUCUUUACACCCGUUGUAGGAGUGAUUCUUCUGAGAAGUCGAGCUGUAGGGCCAUUGAGUGAAAACCGCCUGUUAGUCAGAAACAAUAUUGCACUCAGACGCUGUUCUAAAACUAAUGAGCUGCAUUGCUUGUCUAACGCCUACAUAGUCAGCUAUCUUCUAAGGCAGCAUCCUAAGCCCUUAGUGACUGAUUUGGUGCGCUCUAAAUAGGCAGCAACUGUGUGCGUCAUACAGAUAGCAUUCCUCAUGUGAAGCACAUAGGAAACUCGAUUAACAAUUGAUUUCAGAGUUCGACACAAGCACGAUGCUCUUUGGAACAGCUUGUGAUGCCUUAAAUGCUGUCUAUGUAAUCAGCUCACAAGGUUUUGGAGCAAUGCCUGAGCGAAAAACAGAAGAAAAACAUUGUGCUAACAAACUGAUAUUUGCAGGUUUUUCUUUUAUCAUCAAUCUGUGAAUGUUAUAAUGGCUAGAGUGCUGCAGGAAUGACUUCAAACGAGAGCAUUUUAGCAUUUCCGGGUUUUCUUUUUUAAUGGAUUUUUGGUUAAAUGUCUGAAAUAAGGUCUGUGAUGAACAUGAGCUCAAAAUAUUUUAUUCUAUGACUUAAAAUGUAUCACUGAAACCUUCCAUUGACAAACUUUUACUUUUGCUAACGAGUGUCUAAAUGGAAAUUGAACGUCAUCAUUGCAAACAGGUAAACUGAUACACUCUCUAGUCUGCUUUCACAGCCUCGUUGCAUUUAUAAUCAUCUUCUUGCAAACUAUUCACUCAAAUGUUCCAACUUUUACAUAUUUAAGAUUGAAAGGGUUGUCAGAAGCUAAGUGGUGGGGACGCUGUCUUCAUACAAACAUGUUGUUUGUUUAUAGCCUACGAUUAGCUUUUUACUUUCUGGUGAUUGUAUUUAGACUUGAAAAUUAAUAAAAGCUGUGUUCAUUUGUUAAGAUCUUGAUGAACAAAAUGUGUAAGUUCUUUUGUUGGUUACAGAGACUGUUUUCUGCAAUAAUCCAAAAGCCAAUGGAAAAAUCUCAGUGGGUUUUUGUUGAGGGAACCGGGGUGAUGCAAACUUAUGGGUUGGCCUACAAAAAUCAUCCCUGCAGCACUUUAUGACCACAGCUUAUCACAUAACAGUGCAUUUAUUGUACCCUGACCAAAACCAAUGGUCUGUCUUUAUAGUCUGGUUCCAUGACACUUAAAGGUAAAGUGUGUAAAUUUUUAUGUUAAUUAAAUAUUAAUUAAAUAGUUCACCCAAAAAUGAAAAUUUGCUGAAUUCACUCUCAGGCCAUCCAAGAUGUAGAUGAGUUUAUUUCUUCUUUAGAACAGAUUUGGAGAAGUUUAGCAUUACAUCACUUGCUCAGCAUCCUCUGCAGUGAAUGGGUGCCGUCAAUAUGAGAGUCCAAAAAAACAUCACAAUAAUCCACACCACUGCAGUCCAUCAAUUAACAUCUUGUGUUUUUGGUCUGAGGAUGAAUGCAUUUUCAUUUUUGUGUCAACUUUUCCUUGAACUAGAAGUAAACAAUCUGUAGAUUGAUUGCCCUGAAAAGUACACAAGUGGGAGUGUUUAAGAAACCUGUUUGGUACCACUAGUGCCAUAGAAAUAACACACUUCACCUUUAAGAGAAAUUUAAUUUGCACACAAGAAUGACAUUAAUAGAAUGAUCCUUCCACAUGUGACUUUCCACAACUACUACUUUUGAUCUAACAUUUGUUCCUGAGAGAUCUGCAACAGCAUUAUUUUCCGACAAUGAAUAGAUUUUGAAGUAUAUACAUUUAUAUACUAUUACCGCUGUAGUUUUGCAAUGUUAUAUUCAGAAACUUACAGGAGUAAUUCACCAAAUAAUAAAGCUUCUGGCAUUUAUUUGCUCACCUUAUGCCAAUCCAAAUCAUAUGCUGAUAUUUUCUCAACACAACAGAAAAAUUAUGAAAUGAUGUGAUAUUAUUGUGUGAGAAUAACAGCAUUUGGGUUUGUAAUGGCAUGAGGUUUGAGUAAAUAAUGACUUAAACCGAUGCUUUUUGGUGAACUAUUCCGUUAAUUGACCUGAUCAGUAAUUAGGGCAUUUGAAUGUGACCUUUUCUUUGAUUGGCCGGACGUCCGGUGACCUCGCCUUCGACACAGGAACUGUGUGUAGUAGCACGCUGUAGAACCCUGUAAAUAAAUUCAGGUUCAACGCGCAUUGUGUGAAUCAAGUGUAACUGGAGUCAUAUUCUAAUAAAUCUCUUACUGUUCAGAC